AUGAGAUCAAUGGCUCGAUUUGGCCAAAAUCAUCGUGUGAAGAAUUUGGUCUUGUUGGCCUUACAUUUGAUCAUCAUGGGAGUCGAAGCCCAGUUAAUCACAGCAAGCAACAGAUAUCUUAGGGUUUCUACAACUGCUAGUAAUGGAGGAGCCUUUAACGUAGAAAAUUAUGGUGCAGUGGGUGAUGGAGCCCACGAUGAUACUGAGGCGUUUACCAGUGCAUGGAAUGAUGCUUGUAAAGCAUCCUCCGGAACUUUGCUUGUACCAGGUGGCAAGACCUUUCUGGUGAACAAUCUAAAUUUCCAGGGACCCUGUCAGCCUGGCUUCACUUUUCAGGUAGAUGGAACGAUUGUCCCACCAGAAGAUCCCAACAGCUGGAAGAACAAAUAUGCGUUGUUGCUAUUCCAGCAUCUUCAAACAUUUACUGUUACAGGGAAGGGCACUAUUGAUGGAAAAGGAAGUAGUUGGUGGGGAAACUACGAUGAUAGACCAACGGCCGUUGCAUUCAAUGAUGUGAAAGGGCUAACACUCAGUGGAUUAACUGUGACCAACAGUCCUAGAUUUCAAGUCACAAUCACAGGUUGUGACGGUGUUCUAGUCGAGGGUGUUACGAUUCAGGCACCGGGAGAUAGCCCAAACACUGAUGGAAUUGAUACAAGCCACACCACAAACGUUGUCAUAAGAGAUUCCACAAUUGGUACAGGAGAUGACUGCGUGGGGAUAGGUGAUGGGUCUUCAGAUAUCACGGUUAGUGGUAUCACAUGCGGGCCAGGCCAUGGAAUAAGUAUUGGAAGUCUUGGAAGAGGAAACACUGAAGCAGAUGUCCAUUCGGUUCACGUGGAGGGGUGCAAGUUGACAUCAACAACGAAUGGAUUAAGAAUCAAGACAUGGCCGGUAUUAUGA